AUGACUAUGUUGCAGGUGUCAGCUGGUGGGAGACUGAGUUUUCAUCUAUGCAAGUCGCAUGUGUGUAGCCAACUUAUUGUCCCCGAGAGUAAGAAGAAUGAAAUGGAACCCAUGAGAGCCCAGACAAUCCAAUGCUACCAGCAAACUAAGCAGCGUGAACACAUGAAGAUCCUUCAGCGACAGCACAUUAUCGAAGAAAGAAAGGAGAUGUUGGAGAACCAAAACCUUGAGCGUGAAGAGUCCAUUCGUAGGGCUCAGGAAGAACAGUUGAAGAAACAGAAGGAGGAAGAGCAGUUACGUCUUGAACGAGAAGCCAGUCGACGUGAAAAGGCUCGACAAGAGGAACAGCUGAAACAGAUCCAUACCAAGCAGAUUAAGGACAGGCUUAUUCAGAUCUCCCAGACUUCAUAUGGCCAGAAGAUGAUGGAGAAGUUUGAUGAAGAGACCCUUAUUGGGUACUCAGGCUCCCCCAGCAGUUCCUCAUAUAUGGUAGUGGAAACUUCUUCUAGAUAGAUUUAAAUUAAUAUG